AUGUUUGGACCCACAAGUAGUCGUUUAGCGAGUUCAGGAUCAGGACAAAUACAGUUGUGGCAGUUUCUAUUAGAAUUAUUAAGCGAUUCUUCAAAUGCUGCUUGUAUUACAUGGGAAGGCACAAAUGGAGAAUUUAAACUUACAGAUCCUGAUGAAGUGGCCAGAAGAUGGGGGGAAAGGAAGUCCAAACCAAACAUGAACUAUGACAAAUUAUCCAGGGCAUUAAGAUAUUACUAUGAUAAAAAUAUAAUGACAAAGGUCCACGGUAAACGAUACGCCUACAAAUUCGACUUUCAAGGUUUAGCUGCUGCAACGCAACCAGCAACGAGCGAUCCAAGCAGUUACAAGUACCAAAGUGAACUCUUCAUGAGCUCCUAUCACCACAGCGCAAAGCUAGCAUCCAUAUUUCCCUCACCUGGUUCCUACUGGAGUAACCCAAGCGCAAACCUCUACUCCAAUAUAGCAGCCAGCACGCACUCGAUCAGUCAUCAUGCAGGGCCGCAUCUAGGUGCACCUCCUCUCGGCUCUUAUCCACACUACGCAUGA